AAUGCGACGGGUCUGCCAUUUAGAAGAAUCACUCCUUAUAUCGAGUUAUGGACACGUGCCAAGAAAGAACUUCAGAAGAUGUGAGAAAAAUAAUUAAAACAGCAAAACUUCAUGAAUCUGAAUUGACUGAAGUUACACAAAUUCUAAGGUUCCCAGAUCCAAGUCAGCAGAACGAUAACUUGAGACUAAUGCUUUUAGAUGAUAAUUUGUUGAAGGAAAUCGAAGCAGGCAAUCAAUUAAUAUUUAAAGGUGAUCCAGACGAAAACGCAGUUUUAUGCACGAGUGAUAAAACCUAUGAUAUAAAAGAAGCGGAGACUUCAAACAGUCUUUUAUUAGUUCCUGAUUUGUUAUUCGCUGCGUCCACGGGUCUCGAUGAAACAGUCGCCAACAACUCCAUCGAAGGCGACUCAGAUUCGUCUUUCGAUAAAUCAAACGCUAGCUUAAACAAAUCUACUGAGUCUGAUGACGGGAAACCUCCUAGACAAAUCGUUCAUAAAGACAUUACAAGUACAUUCUUCACAUAUUAUGAAUUAAAGCCUUGCAAACCCCGCUUAUCAAAAUUGACGAAACUUCUCGAACCGACCAGGUAUCGUGGUCCAGAAUUAGAAUAUGCUGUCGAUAAAUCUAAGUUGCAAACUUACGGAGAUAUAUUUGAUCAAACACAAGCAUCUAAAGCAGAAUUGGACGAAGAGUUGAUAAAGAUACAAGCAAUCAAAAUAGACAAUUACUACCGAUUACUAGAGUUUGAUUAUGAGUUUAGAGUUUUGUCAUACAUGCUCGAUUUAAUAGAAGAAAAUUCUUGGUCAUUAGACAGAAUAUCUAAAGAAGCAACGCUAGACAGUUUAAAAGACCUCGUUCCGGCAAGUAUUCUAGAAGCAAUGUUCGGAUUUUACACUGAUGAGUCGAUGGUAGAAGAUGGUGUACAGUAUUAUCAGUAUAAACAGGAUAAAGUUUGUCAGUUCUUGGCCAGAGUGUUGCUAAAGUGUUCUGGAAAAUUCAAUUUAACGGAAUUUUUGCAGGCGUGGCAGGAUUCAGUGCCAGAAGGAAUGAGGACUGAUGAAUCUCUAUUAUCUGGCAUAGCGUUAAUAGAUAAAACUACCACUCCUCCAGUGGUGUGGGGUUUCGCGGAAAGCGACUUGCCUGAGGAUAUAAACCAGCGGUUCAAGGUUCUAUUCCAGACCAAAGCAAAGUGGACUGUUGAUGAAAUUUCACCUUACAUUCAGUUGUACGCGACAGAGAAAUUAAACGUGAACGCGUUGCUAACAAAAUAUGCGCGUGCGUCGACACAAGAUGGCGUCCGGGUGUUCUCAGCCAAGCAUAUGAAGUGAUAAUUAUGUAAACGAUCAAUAUACGAAUAAAUAUA